CACUAAUCUACGAAGAUAAGACGGCACAGGAUCCCUAAACACUAGUACGCCGAACGAACUCCGGAGUUUCUCACUAGAGAGCAACGUCGACGAGUAAUAAUAACGGUAAUCAGUAAUGACGCCAAAAAGAAGUGGACCGCGACGAGAUAACGCUUUACGCGAUCAGUCAUAGCGCUACCGAGGUUCUCGGGAGCAAUUCGCCGAGUUUUCUCGAUUUCGCAAUGGCUUUCGCUGGAUAUGGCUUCAUAUGAUUUUUCUUCCUUUCCUUCUCUCUUUCGGUGGAACGUAUUGGCAGGUUUGACAAUCGGUAGCCUGCUCGGGAGGUCAUAGAAGCGGUCAAUCGUUUUAUCCCAUAUACAUACACCCAUCCUCCUCAAGGCAGAUAGAACUUGAGUCGAGCCUCGCAACUCCUACCUACCAGAUAAUAUCAAACCUCUAAUCCACCGACACACCGCCCCAAAAACCACCAUGGCGCAACCCAGCCAACCCACCCCAGCACAACUCGCCGACGUCAAGAACGCCAUCCGCGCCCUCCUCCACCAACCCUCCUACGACGACGGCUCCGCCGGCCCCGUCCUCGUGCGUCUCGCCUGGCACGCAUCCGGAACCUACGACGCGGCAUCUGACACAGGGGGCUCCCAAGGCGCGGGCAUGCGCUGGGAAGCCGAGGGCGGCGACCCCGCGAACGCCGGGCUACAGCACGCGCGCGCCUUCCUCGAGCCGGUGAAGCAGCGGUUCCCGUGGCUCACGUACGCGGACCUGUGGACGCUCGCGGCGGUUGUCGCGAUCGCGGAGAUGGGCGGGCCGGAGAUAGAGUGGAAGGGCGGACGAUCGGAUUUUGAGAACGAGAGGGAUGAGAGGGUUCCUCCGCGGGGACGGUUGCCGGAUGGGGCGCGGGGCGCAGGGCACUUGAGGGAUGUGUUUUACAGGAUGGGGUUUGGGGAUAGGGAGAUUGUGGCGUUGAGCGGGGCGCAUAAUUUGGGGAGGUGUCAUGGGGAUAGGAGUGGGUUUGAGGGGAAGUGGGUUAAUAACCCGACGAGGUUCUCGAAUCAGUAUUUUAGACUGCUGCUUGCGAAUGAGAGGGAGUGGAGGAGGAAGACGCUUGGGAAUGGGGUUGUGCAGUUUGUGUAUGAGGAGGCGGAGGAGGAUGGGGAGGAGGAGGAGGGGGAGAAGAUGGAGGGGUUGAUGAUGUUGCCGACGGAUAUGUCGUUGUUGAGUGAUUCCGAGUUUCGCCCGUGGGUGGAACGGUAUGCGCGGGAUAAGGAGCUGUUCUUUGAUGAUUUCGCGAAGGUUUUUGCGAAGUUGUUGGAGUUGGGGAUUAAGCGGGAUGCUAAUGGUGUGGUUUUGACGAAGGAUAAUGCUAAGGAGGGGUAUAAGAGCGCGCCGAAGAAAAGUGAUACGGCUACGGCGGUGGGGAGUGAGAAGGAACUGAAAAGAAAGGAGGGCGCGAAGUUAUAGAUGACUAGGGGUUUAUAGAAGGUACUAUAUGUUGUCUAUAGAUUGGACGGCUAGAUGGUUAGACCAGUAUACCUAUGUAGAUAGAUGGUAGAUUACUAGAGUCCAUAGACGUAGAGUUAGUACGAUACCACGUAGAAUCCAUAGACUGAAAUAGACCGAAUCAUAAAGUCAACAAUUUGUCGUUGAUCAUAACUUCGUGUGCAUUAUUAGCUAAAGCCAUGUCGGCCUUACCAGCAAUUUGAUGAACUCAU